CUCUUCCCCGUUGGAGAAGAGCGGGGCCCACAAGCCCCUACUCUCUCUGUCUCUCUCUUCGUGACCGACCGUGAAGGUUUUGGGGCGCAGAAUCGCUACAAUGGCGUUGUCUUAUCCGAUCGCCGUCCUGGCACCGAAGCCGAAAUCAGCAAUGAUGUGCUACUGAUAGAAUUGCUCUGUGGUUGAAUACGCUUGGUUUUCUUGGUGUCCUUCAUCGGGAUGCAUGUCGAAAGAAUCUGAAUAGUUUCUGCUGGUUCGAGAAAGGACAAGGUAAUUGCUUGGAUCUUCGAUGGUAGUGUUCAAAUUUUACUGUCCUCUAAUUAUAUGACGCGGACUGCGCGUCUGCCGUCGCCCUUGGUUUACCAUUCAGACUUGAAGUUUUACGAACUUAGCUGUUUCGAUCUUGUUUUUGGUUUUGGGUGGGUUUCGAAUGAUCUUCUUGCCUUUUUCUUUCCCUGGGGAUGAUUCUUGUUGGGGCUUUUGGAACUUCAAUUGCAGUUGGGGCUAGUUGUGUUAUUCUGCUGUUUUGUGAUGGUAAUUGUCGUCCGAUACGGUGUGUGGUGAUGGAAACUUUGAGAUGGGGGAUUUGAAGGGUUUGUUGUUCUUAUGAAGCUGCCGAAAAUGUAUGUAGUGAAUGAAGAUAAUUCGUGGAGACAACCAUUUGGUUCACUAUCUUGGCUUAUGGAUGCAAUCUUGGAAUUUUUGGGAAAAUAUAGUCUGGGGAAUUCAUUUCUCAUACUUUUCAGGGUUCAGUUAAAUUUGUUGUCGUGAAAUUCAGAGUUUACCUCAGAGGGUAAACGUAGGAUAAGUAGAGGGGAGAUGAGGGGCAUUAAAGAUUGGGUUUUAUCUCAGCUAUUGUCCCCAUCAUUUGCAUCGUCAAGGCCAAUGCCAAGCAGUGAUAGUUUCUUCAAUGUAGAACCUUUGGAUGAAGAGUCCAACGACCAAGGUUCAGUUCACCCUGUCGAUCUGGUAGGACGACCUGAAUCAGAUGAUUCAUCUUGCUACUCUAAUAAUGAUCAGGAAAAUCGGCUUUAUUUGUCUGCACAACAAGUUCCAGUUGAAGAAGAUUCUCAUCGGUCUCUUCAUUGUAGUGACAGAAAAAAGUUGGAUCCAUUGGCUAGGAUUGAGGGUCUCCAAAUUAAGUUCUUGCGUCUUCUUCGACGGCUUGGGCUAUCACAGGACAAUCUUGUGGUGGCCAAGGUUUUGUAUCGGUUACAGCUGGCAACUUUGAUAAGAGCAAGGGAAUCCGAUCUGAAAAGAGCUAAUCUAAGAAGUGAUAGAACUAGAGUAAUAGCGGCAGAACAGGAGGCAGCUGGCUUUCCUGAACUGGAUUUUCCAGUUAGAAUUCUUGUCCUGGGAAAGACGGGGGUUGGCAAGAGCGCAACCAUAAAUUCUAUUUUCGACCAAAGAAAGGCAAUGACUAGUGCAUUUCAACCCGCCACUGAUCGCGUCCAAGAGGUAGUGGGAGAUGUCAAUGGGAUAAAGUUCUCUAUUAUUGAUACCCCAGGCCUAUUGCCUUCCUCUACGAGUAAUAUGAGAAGAAAUAGAAAGACUCUGCUGUCUGUGAGGAGAUUCAUCAGAAAAUCCCCUCCAGACAUUGUUUUAUAUUUUGAACGCCUUGAUCUCGUUAACUUUGGUAAUGGUGACUUUCCUCUUUUGAAGCUUAUAACUGAUGUUUUUGGUUCUGAAAUUUGGUUCAACACAAUCCUUGUAAUGACCCAUUCUUCCUCAGCUCUUCCUGAAGGGCCUACUGGGUAUCCUGUCAGUUAUGAAUCUCAUGUUGCGCAGUGCACCGAACUGGUGCAACACUAUAUACACCAAGCUGUGUCAGAUUCCAAACUUGAAAAUCUUGUGCUUUUGGUGGAAAAUCACCCUCACUGCAGGACAAAUGUGAUGGGGGAGAAAAUUCUUCCUAAUGGGCAGGUUUGGAAGUCUCACUUCUUGUUACUAUCUGUUUGUUACAAAGUUCUUAGUGACGCUAAUGCUGUCUUGGAUUUUCAAGACAGCUUCGAACUUGGGCCAGUGAGUGGUGCUCGGUCGCCUUCGCUGCCUCAUCUUCUCUCAUCUCUUCUGCGGCAUCGCUCCCUGUCAAGCUCUAGUGAAACAGGCAAUGAGAAUGACGAGACUUUAACAUCAGAACUAGAGGAUGAAGAUGAGUAUGAUCAGUUACCUCCAAUUCGUAUCCUGACAAAAUCGCAGUUUGCAAAGUUGACGAACUCUCAGAAGAAGGACUAUCUUGAUGAGCUGGAUUACCGGGAAACACUUUAUUUGAAGAAACAGUUGAAAGAAGAGUCUCGGAGGAAGAGCGAGAGCAAGCUUGCUCAAGAUGAAGGUUCUGCCAAUGAUGAUAUUUCUGAUAACCAGGAAGCAUCUCCAGAGGCUGUUUUGUUACCAGAUAUGGCAGUUCCUCCAAAUUUUGACUCAGAUUGCCCUGUACACAGAUAUCGAUGCCUUGUUACAACUGACCGGUGGCUUCUGAGACCCGUUCUUGAUCCCCACGGAUGGGAUCAUGAUGUGGGCUUCGAUGGAAUAAAUUUGGAGGCAGCUGUGGAAACAAAGAAGAAUGUCCUGGCCUCUGUCACAGGACAGAUAAGCAAGGACAAGCAAGAUUUCAUCAUUCAGUCCGAGUGUUCUGCAGCCUAUGCCAAUCCAAGGUGGCCCACAUAUGGCAUGGGUCUUGAUGCUCAGUCAGCUGGUAAAGAUUUGAUCUGUACUGUUCAUAGUAGUGCAAAGGUUAGGAACUUGAAACACAAUAUCACAGAAUGUGCAGUUUCUGUGACAUCUUUUGGGAACAAGUAUUAUGUUGGGGGCAAGCUCGAAGAUACCAUUGCGGUUGGUAAGAGACUGAAGUUUGUAAUGAAUUUUGGUCAAAUGGUUGGUCUUGAGCAAGUGGCGUAUGGUGGGAGUCUCGAAGCCACUUUGAGAGGGAGAGACUAUCCUGUGAAGAAUGAUUUUGUCAGCCUGACAAUGACAGCCUUAUCCUUUAAUAAAGAAAUGGUAAUAAGUGGAAGUUUUCAGUCUGACUUUCGGCUGAACCGAGGCACAAAAAUGUCAUUUAAUGCUAAUUUAAAUAACAGGAAAAUGGGGCAAAUCUGUGUAAAGACAAGCAGCAAUGAGCAUAUGGGAAUUGCUUUGAUUGCAUUAAUCUCAAUUUUGAGGGCUCUGUUUAGGAGAAAGGCAACCAGUGAAUUAGACAAGCAAACACUGGAGAAAGGAUAAAUUUGUCAGGCAAUUUUGGUAUUAGAGCAUUGCCAAGUGGAUAAGCUUUUAGCAUAGCAAUCUCUAGGAGAUGGGCAUUUUCCGUCUGACAAAAAAUAACUGAUCGGAUAAAUGAAGAUGUUUUUGAGUGGUCAAUGGGAGACACAGACUUUCUGAAAGCCUGCGAUUGAUGUAUUAUAUUGCCCUCAUUCCUUUUGUUACACCCAUCACCUCGAGGAUCAUGAAAUCCCAGAGUCGUGCAUCUGCAAUCCAAGAAUCCUGUGCAUCCGCCCAACUCUGUCGAUGGAGGUUUAUGUCAAGUAAAUUUUGCAAUAAUUGUACAGUAAGUCAUGCUGCUCUGCUUUUUGUGCUUCUGGAAUAUCUCACUUGAAAUAAGAGCUAACCAAAAUUUCCCCCUUUCUUUGACUUGAAAUGCUGUUAAGCUUUUUGUUGUGCUAAACGACAUGAUGGACUAGCUGCCUUUUUGACUUUGAUGAUGGUGAGGCUGUUCCUUGAUAGCAGAAUCCUGGAAAUGCAAGAAUGAAAGUUGAUUUUUACCUAAAUAAUUUUUGCUAAGAGGGCAGACAUGAAGGUAAUUCAGAUGUUAUAGAACAUCACGCUUACCAUGCGAAAGUAGAUGUGCAGCCUUCUGCACCGAUCAGUUGAGAAUUCGCUCGAGGCUCUGUAGAACGAUUGACCAAGAGGCAUGGUCCCUUUAUCAAAAUGCUGUGGAACUCUCCUAACAUCAUGAUUUCUGUUUUUCUCGUUGCAGGAUCUCUUCCAACAUUAUGUUAAUAAAGUUUCAUGUUGGAUUCAUGAUUCAUCGAAAAUGAUUUUUGUUUUCGUUUUUUGUUUUUGGUGACUAAAACAGCUGAGGGUGAGCAUUGAUCAAUGGUGAUAACCUUGGCCAUAUUUGCUGAGUUAUAUUGGUUGAA